AUGGCAGCAAAACGCCAUGAGUUCUCUGAAGCUCGAACUCAAGACCUUCAGAUUAUGAGACUGACGCGCUGCCCACUGCACCAAGAAGAGAUCCGGCAGGUCCCCGGACACGUGGGGAAGGAGGAUUGCUCUUCGGCGAGAGGCGCCGUCUUGCGGUGGGAGGGUGGCCCGCGCCUGCCGGGAGCGCAGCGGGUCCCGGGGAGGACGUGGGCUCGUGCAGCAGCUCGCGCCGGGGGACGGGGUUGGGAAGGGGCGCGGCCGGGGGGGUUCGGCUGGGGCGGCGGGGACGCGAAGCGCACGGAGGAGGCGGUGCGAGCGGCUGUCCGAGCCGAGGGCGUCCGCCCAGACGGCCACCGUCGCUUGAGCGCGCGGUGCGUGAGCUCAGAUUUAGAGAUGGUCCCACAGCGUGACUCAAGGCCUCUGGAUGCAAAGGUGCCCUGCUGGGUCGUUUUCAACAGGAACCUGUGGAUCAGACUAAAGUGUGACCAUCAGGAAAUGAAGACACGGGACGAGCCCUGGGGCAUGAAUGUCCAAGUCCGGCAUCAGUCCCAGCCAGAGGAGGAGAGUGAGGUUGGUCCCUGCAGGACCGCUAGCCUGCCUUGUCCACAAGCAGCCUCUUGCUGUGAAACAAAAACAGAGACAGACUGAGGGAACCGAGGAGCGGUUUAGUGGAGGAAAAAAUAAGGAAACCUCAGGGACUCGCCGUUACUCAUUGAUUUCUAGGUAUUGGCUGGCUGCUGGCCUCCGAGGGGCACAGAGAGGCUCCUGGCGGAUGCUGUGAGCGGGCAAGUUUGGGGGACCCUAAAUGCACAGGUGAUGGGCCUUGGAGCUGACUUGCUCCAUGAACCAGUAGCUCCUACAGGUGCCGCUGGCCACGUUCGCAGGUGAGCGUGGUUGCGGAAGAAUAGGAGCGGCCCGCCAGACCGGCACCUGCGCGGACCUGCGAGGCGGGAGAGGCGGGACAGGGUCCUCUCUGCGCAGCCGCGGCGGCCCGUGGGAGGAGCUGCCUCUGCCCCACGCAGCGUGUCCGCUCCUCGUCCCAGGCCCCGCCUCUUCCCCCGAGAGCCGCCCUCCCUGGUGAGGGCGGUGCUAGAGGGCCGGCCCGGCGCCUUGGAAGGGCGGUGGCUGCGGAGGAGGUGCGAGCCGGAUGGAAGCCUGACUGGGAUAGGAAAGCCCCCCUCCCGCGUCGGCUGGGACCGCACCGCGCAGUUCCACGGUGGCCUCGGAACUCGGAGGGCCCGGGCCUGCGGCUCUGCCACUCAAGGGCUGUGUCACCUUGGAAAAGUUACCUAAACCUCGUUGUGUACCCCAGUCUCCUCCUCUGUCGCAUGGUGAUCCUGAGUCCCGACCCGACUGGAUGGCUGUGAAGUUUAAAUGAGGUAGUAAGUGCUAAAGAGUACUUGAACUCAGCAUCCCUGGGUGCCUGGCAUUGCGGGGCGGGGUGUGGGGGAGUGUUCAUGAGUGGGCAUCAGGCAUUACUGGCGCCCCUCCACCACCCCUUCAAAACUGCGAAGCUUUGUGUCUGUGUCUGUGUAUAAACCUCGCUCCCCCUCCCCCCCACCACCACCAGGGACAGGGCCUACUGACUGAGAUGCUCAGAGGGACUCAAGAGAGUGGAUGCCUAGGGGGGCUCGCGUGACUUUAGGACGGGCGCUUCUCAGCCUCAGCAGUACUGACACCUGGGGCUGGAUCGUUCUUUGUCGUGGUUGGGGUGGGUGUGUGCUGUCCUGUGCAUCGUAGGAUGAUUAGCAGCGUCCCCAGCCCUCCCCAUGAGAUGCCAGGAGCAUCCCCUCCGAUUUGUGACAAUCAGAAACGUCUCCAGACAUUGCCAGAUGUCCUCGGGUAGGGAAGCUGGGGACAAAACCGUCUCUGGUUGAGAACUACUGCUUUGCGGCGGUCCCUGUGGGGUGAGCCCUCAGAAAGCGGCUUUUAGGUGCUGUGUUGAGUUUAGCAAGAUUACUUUUCUGAACCUCGGUGGUCUCUGCCUACUUCUUCUGUGCACCGUCUGGAGGCUCCCAUGAAGCCAUGGCAAACGUUUUUUCAAAGUUGACGGACACCGACUUUUCAAACCCCAGCCCUUUCAGAUAUGAAUUACUGGUUCCUAAAGCUGGUUGGGCAGCUGGAUCAGCUGGAACUCGGUUUUUAUUGUGUUUCUUUUCACUCAAACCCAAAGAUUUUUAGAGCAUUACACGCAGUGCUCUAAGUCACUCAGCCCUUUACUGUUAAUUGACACC